AAUUAUUGCCCCGUUAUGAAUUUUAAUCACGGUGGAAUUCAAUCGGAAAUAUUGAGGUUAAGUCCAUCAUUUGCUUAGUUUUUGCCGGUCAUACAAGUUCGCACAUCAUGGUCACACUCUUCAACAAAGAAAACAAUUUAAAUGACCACACUUUAAUCAUACCGAGUGUGUCGGUGGGAAAUGCACCACAAUUAUGUGUCGACUUGAUUAUUGCGACGUUCGGCCUGAAGAAAAUCGCAAAUAUAUGGCAUCCAGCCAUAAUAUCAACAGUUGGAAGUGAUCCCUACGCAGAUAAUUGCACGGAAUUGUGUACGGCGUGUGAAUUGUAUUCAAACGAUGAGAGUAAAAUAAGUGUGAUUCAGCUCAGAUCAUCGUUGGAGCACAAGUUGGCCUCCACAUUUUUUAAGGAUCUAAAAUCAUCUCUGGAAUCGUUUAACCUAAAACGAAUUGUGUUGCUUGGAAGUGGAUUUGACUAUGAGUUACGCACUGUUAGUAACCACAAAUUCUAUUAUACAAGUAAUGAAAACAUUCAGAAGUUGAUGGAGGAUAAUAGAAUUAAGCAACUACAAGAAAACCUCAAUGGGAAAAUAGUGAUACAUGGUGACGGUUUUACAGGUAUUCUGUAUAAAAUUCUGAAUGACAAGUUCAAAACUACAGCCUUGGUCAAGUAUGUAUCUGAAGGAGACAAUAUCCCGGAUGCAGUGUCAAUGUUGGAAACAAUUUGUGCAAUAUACAAAAUAAAUCAUCCACAGCUGAAAAUACCUUCCUCUUGGAAAUAUCUUUUUGGAGGACCACCACCUAUUGGCAUUUUUUAAGAUCUACAAUAUAUUUUUGUUAUGUUUUUAA